AAUGAAAUACUGGGACAGGCAGCUGCCGCGAUGGACGUGUUCCUCACGAUCAUUUGCCACAAGACCACCAUCUUCACGGACGCCAAGGAGUCGAGUACCAUGUUUGAGCUGAACCGCACCGUCGAGGGCAUCCUCAAGCAGCCGCCCGGUGAGCAGCAGCUGUACAAGGAUGACCAACUUCUGGAUGAUGGCAAGACACUGGGAGAGUGCGACUUCACCAGUCAGACGGCAGGGCCACAGGCCCCAGCCACCGUGGGGCUGGCCUUCCGGGCAGAUGAAGCUUUCAAGGCCCUGCGCAUGGAGCCCUUCUCCAGUCCACCCGAGCUGCCCGAUGUAAUGAAGCCACAGGACUCAGGAAGCAGCGCCAACAAACAAGUGGUGCAGUGAGAAGGCCCCGAGCCC